AUGCUACACCUUGGCAUCAUUCGUCUGUCCAACAACCCAUGGUCAUACCCUCUUCACCUGGUUCCUAAAAAGCCAAAUAAUUACUGGCGACUUUGUGGAGACUACAGAACGCGGAAUGCUGAGGCUAUACCAGACAGCUAUCCUAUCCCACACAUCCACGACUUUUCUUCUUCCUUAUACGGAGGAUCAGUAUUUUCCCGACUCGACUUAGUUCGAGCAUAUCGCCAAAUUCCCAUCGCUGAAGAAGACAAACUGAAUACAGCUAUCUGCAUCCCGUUCGGACUUUUCGAAUUCAAUGUUCUUUCGUUUGGCCUACGAAAUUCUGCACAGGCUUUUCAAAGAUUCAUAGAUGAAGUUCUUCGUGGUCUUCCUUUCGUCUUUGCGUACAUUGACGACAUACUGAGAGCAAGCAGCUCACCCAAGGAACAUCAACAAUACAUCCAAGAGACAUUCAGACGCCUUGAUUACUUUGGUAAGAAAAUCAAUGCUCAUAAAUGCAUUUUCAGUGUGCCCUCAGUCGAACUUUUAGGACAUUUAAUUGAUGAAACAGGCAUCACUCCUCUGCCUUCCUAG